AUGAAAUAAGUAGUGGCAACUAAAGAUUAUUCCAUAUUGAGAAAAGUUGAAAUGCUUCAUUCCCAUGCUCAACCUAAAGAUUCUAACUUCACUUUAGGAAGAACUACUAGUUAUGAAUCUAGCCAAUUUUGUCGUAGUUUGGACAUUAUGGUUUAUAGAAGGGCUUCCACAAAAGAUGAGAUUAAUUAUUAAUCAUUGUCCAAAAACUCAUCCUAAAAUGAUGAGAGAUUAGGGAUUUGUAAUAUCAAUUAGAUCAAGUAUUAACUCAUUUAUAAUAUAAGUCCAACUCUUCAUAUUGAAAUGGAUGAAUUAUAAACAAAAGUCUGGAGAUCCUUAAAAAAGCAAUAGUUGGUAAGAAUGUCAUUUAUAGAAGUAAUCUGUUUAUUCAGUUGACAUUAUUGUUUUGAAGAAUUAAAGUGAAUUUGAAUUCACAUUUGAUAUCAGCAUGCUUUCAUGUUUUCUUAGAGUAAGGGAAUUGAGUUUUCUCAUUAAUGAAACUUAUGCGAAUCAAAACAAUAGAACAAAAUUGUAAAUACCAUAUUUGUCAAUCUUAAUUGGCAGAGUGAAGACUUAGAAAUUGGAUGGGAAUAUGAGACUCUUUGAACUUGCUCAUAUCCUAAUCAAUGGAUAAAGGACUCUUAUUUUAUAAGAAUCAUGUUUACAAUUUUGA